AUGGACCGACUUAGGGCGAGGCAAAGAGUAAUUAUCCUUACAAUGAUAGGUUGUUACCUCCGCGGAGGAACGCGGCACACCCCCGAGUCACAGUUCCCACUGCUCCCUGUCUUCAAACAGGUUUAUUCAGGGCUCUUCCCCCAUUAUCCGCAGUUCCCAGCAAUGUCCAGUUCCUGUAUCUCAUGCCCAUUCAUAUCCUCCCGUCAUCAUCUCGUCAAACCGUGGGGGCGAUGA